CUCCCUAUAGCGCCAAAGUGCUUUUUGACACCCCUGGCCUACCGUAGCUGCUGUUCUGUGCCUACCUAACUCAGCAAAACUACCCAACUCAGCACCCUCCUCUGUCUCUACCAUUAAAGAGUCGAUUCCUUCAGAAGAGUUGACAGUCCUCCCACUUCUUCAAACUUCCCUUAUUCUUACUUGUUGUGGUUGUUGUUGUUUUUUGCAUGUAAGAGAAACAACUAACAUACUGUACCAGUAAGAAUAGAAAAUAAUACACCCUCGGUUAAUACAAUACAUUUUAAUGUUGUUACAUUUUUCAGUGGCAGGACAUUGACUGCUCCUGGAGGACAUCACAUCUUUAUUGGAACUACUCCGGUUAAAUAAUCUAAAUCAAACACUAUUACAACUGGCCAUGAAGGCAUCACCUGGUGCUGCCACCUAGCUGUGGAAAACAAUAAAUACAAGUUAAACAUGGUAUAUAGUACAUGUUAUGACAAUUGUGUUGACUAGUGCUUCACGGAACUGUACCAUAAUGGAAGCCCAUAUGGUUUGGUUCACAGGGUCAGCCCCAUGGGGAAGCGGUCAUGGCCAUGCUGCGUCUUCUAUCCUUGGCUGCAUCCGAAAUGGCACCAUAUUCCCCUAUGCGGGCCCUGGUCAAAAGUAUUGCACUAGGGAAUACGGUGCCAUUUCGGAUGAACCCCUCUUCUCUGCUUCCAUUGAAACGCUUCGGACGUGGUGGUGACACGGUUGACUCUUUGACCUCUGACCUCUUUGCCAGGUGCCGGAGUGGACCAAGUGCAGCAGCCGCGAGAAAAGAAAAGAAAAGAAGGCGGACAAGCCAUUCUACUCUGACUCGGAGGGCGAGUCUGGCCCAACCGAAUCUGCUGACAGUGUAUCAGACACAGCCAGCGGCUCAGAGAGUGGCAGUGGCAGUGAGGGAGAGCGGCUCGGGAUCCGAGAGUGAGGAGAGCAACGAGGAGUCCGAGUCUGCAAGUGAGGAGGAAGAGAAGAAGAAGAAAAAGAAGAAUGUGGAGAAGAUCAAAGCAAGGAAACCUGUUCCAGAAAGUGAAAGUGAGCAGAGCAGUGGAGAGGAUGAGAAGAAGAGUGAGAGGAAGAGCAAACCGCGGAUUGGUAGCUCCGAGUCUGAAUCCGAGGAGGACGAGGAUAGUGAAUCAGAGAGCAGCGAGUCAGAGGAAGAGGAGUCAGAAGAGGAGUCAGAUGAGGAGACCAAGAAGAAAAAGAAGUUGACCCUGCUCCGUCUCCAUCUCAAGUCACGCCCCUCAACAACUUCCUGUCCAGCAGCCUAGUGACAGAUCUGGAGGGCUUAUCCCUGACUGACAACGUUCUGUCCCCUACGACCAUCGCCCCAUCCUGCAACCUGAAGACCUAUGAGCUGCUCCACCGUAUCACCGGCGAGGGCCUAUCAGUAGAGUACUGCUUCAGCCGCCA